AAUCUCAUUCAUUUUAUUUUCGCACGCCUGACAGGCGCUGCGUGUCGUACUGUGAUGGCUUUUAACACUUUUGUAAAUUCAAUAUUUUUAUGAUAUUUAUGUGUUUAGUAACAAUAGUCCUGUAAUUAAAUUUAAAUCCAUAUUAAUGUGCUUACAUAAAAUGGCGAACCAGACGCAGAAAAUCGUCUAUAAGCUGGUACUUACUGGAGGACCCUGUGGCGGCAAAACUACCGGACAGUCUCGUCUAUGUACGUUCUUCGAGAACUUGGGAUGGAAGGUGUUCCGGGUGCCGGAAACGGCUACCGUCCUCCUCAGUGGAGGGGUGAAGUUUGCAGAUCUCACGCCAGAUGAAGCGACAAAAUUCCAAGAGAACCUACUGAAGACCAUGAUUCAGAUCGAGAACACAUUCUUCGAGCUGGGCAGGACGUGUCAGCGGAAUUGUCUGAUCAUCUGCGAUAGGGGAGCUAUGGACGCGAGUGCAUUUAUAUCAAAGGAGAAAUGGGAGGCGAUGCUGAACGUCAACAGCUGGAACAGCGUGGAGCUGCGAGAUAACCGGUACAACCACAUCGUGCACAUGGUCUCCGCUGCCAACGGGGCUGAAGACUUCUACUCCACUGAGGACCACGCGUGCCGGUCGGAGGGCGUGGAGCUGGCGCGCGAGCUGGACUACAACGCGGCCGCCGCGUGGAUCGGCCACCCCUACUUCGACGUCAUCGACAACUCCACAGACUUCGACAAAAAGAUGAACCGACUCAUCGCCUGCGUCUGCCAAAAGAUCGGCAUCGAGACCGGGGACCGGCUCAACGUCAACUCCAAGAAACGCAAGUUCCUCGUCAAGGGGCCCCUCCCGCCGGACUCCGCGUUCCCCGCCUUCCAAGACUUCGACGUCGUGCACAACUACUUGCAGAGCGAUCUCCGUAAAGCCCAAGUCAGGCUCCGCAAGCGUGGACAGAAAGGCCACUGGUCGUACAUUCACACGCUUCGGAAGUUCCAUCCCAGUAACGGGCAGUCCGUGGAGGUGCGGACGCAGCUCUCGCACAGGGAUUACCUGAACAUGUUGCCGCAGCGCGACGACGCACACUUCACCAUCUUCAAGAAACGCCGGUGCUUCAUCUUCAACAAUCAGUACUACCAGCUGGACAUCUACAGGCAGCCCACUCAUCCGAGGUGCCGCGGCCUAGUCCUGCUGGAGACGUACAGCGCGGCGUACGACCAGGACUCGCUGCUGGCCACGCUGCCCAAGUUCCUCGCCAUCGAGCGCGAGGUCACCGGCGACCCCGCCUUCUCCAUGUACAAUCUCUCGCUGAAGGAAGACUGGAAGACCUCGAAAAGGUACUAUGCGGGCCAAAAAGAUGCGGGCACUGAGUGCCAUGGACAGGCUAAGUGGUCGUUGAAUGGUCACGCUGACCAACACAAUGGGCAUGCGUGUAAAGUCAAUGGGCAUGGUGAAAAGUUGAAUGGACAUGCGAAAGUCAACGGGUGUGGCGAUAAUGUGAACGGCCACCACGAGAACGGCGUCCACGGCCUCGCCAACGGCCGCCAUGACGCCCACUCCAUGGAUCUCCCGUCACCAAAGAUUCCUAAAAAGGUCGCUGUUAAGAUUUAAAUCGCCUUUAUGUACCUCUCUAUGUACUAGGUCAUUUUAGAACUAUAAUUUGACUUUUUUCCACUACUCAAUGCUAAACUGUUCUAAGGCGGAAACUUAAAAUAUUUGAAGAAACAGUACUAUUGAAACCCAUGAUGUAUAUCAUGUAUAAAACGUGUACUUAUUCGUUAUGAAUUUAUAAUUGUAUAAAUUGCCAAAUAAAACUAUUUUUAUAGAAAAUAUGUAUCAAAUGAAAUACCCAAUGCACUUAAAGUGACUCAGGAUACUUAAGACAUAGUUUAACUGUUUCAUAUUGUUUGUGCCUUUACAACAAGUUGUAUAAUUGAAUAUAUUUCGUGUUUAUAUCAUCUAUCUAUGACAUGCAAAUGAAGUUUUAGUACUUAAUUAUUGCAAUAAUAUUAUGGUCUUAUUAUAGGGUAUUUGACUAUUACUAGUAAAUUUAUAUGAAACACUAGCAUGUGACGUCACGAUCAAAUUACAUACUCUUUAUAGUUUUUAUGGGGUUUAAAAUAGAAAUUGUGUCUAAAAAUAACUGCUGAAAAAUAAUUUAUUUUAAAUACAGUCAAAUACCCUAUUGUUCAAUCCGGAGAUCGCAGGUUCAAACCCCGGCUAGUACCAAUGAGUUUUUCGGAACUUAUGUACGAAAUAUCAUUUGAUGUUUACCAGUUGCUUUUUGGUGAAGGAAAACAUCGUGAGGAAACCGGACUAAUCCCAAUAAGGCCUAGUUUCCCCUCUGGGUUGGAAGGUCAGAUGGCAGUCGCUUUCGUAAAAACUAGCACUGCCUACGUCAAUUCCUGGGAUUAGUUGUCAAGCGGACCCCAGGCUCCCAUGAGGUGGUAAAAUGCCGGGAUAACGCGUGGAAGAAGAGUAUUGUUGCGGUUUAGAUUAUUGUGAAGUAUUUUAGGUUUUAUUUUACCUGAUACAAUAUAGCAUUUGUUUUAUGUUUUAAGACUUAUCAAAAAGGCAAACUCGAAUAAAAUGAAAUUUUAUGAUAUCAGAACACAUUGAACUUGAUUUGUAGAUUGACUAGUAAAUUUAUAUGUCUUGGUGUUGUAACGUGACUAGAAUGUUUAAAAUCGUUUUAGGGGUCCAACGUGAACUUCAAUCAGAAAAGGUACAAAUACACCCCUAAUAAUUAUAGUGGCCUUUUACCAAUGUAAUUCAUAUGCUAGAUAAUUUAUUUUUAUGACAGACAGAGUUACUAUUGUGUGGCAUAGUAAGUAAUCGGUGUAGAAAUUGAUGUCGUCUAAAGAUAUUUUUGUUGUGUCAGAAUCAAAUGAAGAUCAUUUUAUAGUAACUUAAAGUAUUGAAGCCGUCAGUAGUGUAAUUUAUAAUUAAUUAAGAUGUGAGUAUUAUACUCUAAUGGAUUCUGCUCAGCCCGGUACUUGGCUACGGUCCAGGCUAUCUAGAUGGCUGUGCUAUGUAAUUUUACGAUUGAUAAAUAUACCACCAUUGUUGGCUGUAAUAUCUAACGCCAAGUAAAUAUAUCUUGUAAGCUUUUUAGACGUAAAAAUCUCUAAAUUGCAUGUCUAUCUGCAUUUUAUUUUCUUGAUUAAAGAAAAAUGCGACCUUGA